AUGCGCUCACAGAUCGCCGUACUCGUGUUCUCCUUGGCCCUCGCUUCGGCGAUGGCUGGAUACAUUGGUGGCUACGGUGGCGGCUACGGCGGAGGCUACGGCGGAGGCUACGGCGGAGGCUACGGUGGGGGCUACGGCGGCGGCUACGGUGGUGGCUACGGCGGUGGCCAUGGCAUUGGAUUGGUGAAAUUCAUCAGCUAUGGCGGACACGGGGGAUACGGAGGAGGCUACGGCGGAGGCUACGGCGGAGGCUACGGUGGAGGAUACCACGGUUGA